ACAUAACAUACACACAUAACCAGCAGCAGUCAUUCUUAUGAAACUAACAGUGAACCAAGCUCGACAGGACAAGCUGAGCGGUUACUUUUUCGUUAAACAUGUCCAUUUACAGGAAUGCCGUUUGGUUAAUGAAAGGACUCCAAGAAUAUACAAAGUGCGGCUAUGAAGCUGCAGCCAAGCAUUUCGUUCCAGCAGACCUGGAGGUGAACCUGAGUGGGAGGUCCUUUGUGAUAACAGGAGCCAAUAGCGGCAUAGGAAAAGCCACAGCGCAGGAAAUAGCCAACAGAGGAGGAACUGUUCACAUGGUUUGUCGAAACAAAGGGCGAGCAGACGCAGCCAAAGAUGAAAUAGUAGAACGGAGUAAAAAUGAGAAUGUCCAUGUCCACAUCGUUGACAUGUCCAGCAUCAGACAAGUGUGGGAGUUCGCCCAGAGCUUCUCACAAAACAACAGUGUACAUGUGCUGAUCAACAAUGCAGGCUGCAUGGUGAACCAGAGAGAGCUAACAGAGGAAGGGUUAGAGAAGAACUUUGCCACUAAUACACUUGGUACAUACGUCCUCACCACAGCUCUGAUACCUGCUCUGAAGAACGCUGAAGACCCCAGAGUGGUCACAGUGUCUUCAGGCGGGAUGCUCACACAGAAGCUGAACGUAGACGACCUGCAGGUUGAGAAGGGAACGUUUGACGGCACCAUGGUCUACGCUCAGAACAAAAGACAGCAGGUGAUUCUGACAGAGAGAUGGGCUUCCCAGCACAAAGACAUCCACUUCUCCUCCAUGCACCCCGGCUGGGCCGACACACCAGCCGUCCAGUCUUCCAUGCCUUCCUUCCACGCUAAGAUGCAGUCCAGACUGAGGACGGAGGCGAUGGGUGCAGACACGGUGGUGUGGCUUGCUGCUUCUCUGUCUGCCUCCAAGCAGCCCAGCGGACUCUUCUUCCAGGAUCGUAAAGCGGUGGCGACGCACCUCCCUCUGGCUUCCUCCAGGUCCACAGCUCAGGAGGAGGAGAAGCUGGUGGCGGCGUUGGACGAGCUCGCCCUCAAGUUCAAACCUUGAUGAUUUUGCAAAUGUCUUUUUUUUUUAAACCAGACACUCUUCAAUAAUGAAUGAAUGUUUACAUGAUCUUGCUUUUGUACAUUUUUACAUUUUUGACCCCCCAAAAAACAGGUUUCAUUUUUAGAACAAUCUUGAAAUGUGGUGAAAUAGUUUUGAGAGAGAAAGAAGAAUAUUGUAUACUCAGUACUUUUAUCAGUGAAGUUAAAGUCAAUAAAAAUGUACUUCUACUAAAUCUACUAAAACACUAUAAUCUAACAUGCUACAGUACUGAAGUUAUCAUCAGGCCUGCAGGGGAGAAAUGUAUGAAUAAAGUAUGAUUUAAUAUUUAUAACACACAAUGCUACUUUGUAUAUUAAU